CGCAGGAGUGCCCUUUCGUUCUGUCCACGAAGUUGGCCGCCUUAGCUACGGCGGGCACGAUGCAGCUCCUGGUGAAGGUACCUUCUCUUCCAGAGAGGGACGAGCUGGACUGCAACAUCUGCUGCCUACCCUUCAACCUCGGUGGCCGCGCCCCCCGCCGCCUACCCGGCACGGCGGGCACCCGCUGCGGCCACACACUCUGCACAGCCUGCCUGAGCGAGCUGGCUGUGCGUGGAGACGGUGGCGGGGCAGCGCGCGUGGUGCGUCUACGUCGCAUCGUCACGUGUCCCUUCUGCCGAGCGCCUACCCCUCUUCCUCGUGGCGGUGUCACGGAGGUCGCUCUAGAUCUAGACCUGUGGUCACGACUGGAGGAAAAAGCUCGCGCUGACCGCGAACGUGAAGAGGCGGGGAGCCCGGCUAAGGAAAGCCGCGACGCCGACAGAGAGGCAGAUGAUGAAGAGGAGUGCGAGAAGGGGGCGGAACCUAGAAGCGCGGGUUGGCCUGCGGUCCGUCGGCUCUGGGACCGAGUCCUGAGGCCCGCUCGCCGCUUGCGGCGUCCGCUGCCUAGCAACGUGUUGUACUGCCCAGAGAUCAAGGACAUUGGCAGCAUGACCCGGUGCACGCUGUAACUGAGGAAGACGGAAGCUAUAAGGAGAAGGAAGGUGGGAGCUGCAGCUUCUCGCGCGCUUUAGUAGGGGCUAAAUGUCAAGACUUACACCCUCCCCUAUCCUGGGGUUGGAGUAGGAUGAGGGAGUUGAGCCGAGGGCAGGAGGGAACGCCCUGGGAGGUACUGAUGCUGAGCUGAGGAGGGCCCUAGACGAACUCGCCCCCAUGUACUGAUGGUGCCAGCAUUGCGUUUUCAUGAUGGAGUAUCCCAGGCAUGAUGUAAUCAAAGCCUACAUUACUGUGGGAGGAAAACAGGUUGUUUGAUUUGGCUUCUGUCUAGGGAGGCUGUGGUGUGUGGGAGCAACAAAUCCCAUUUUAGCAAUUGUCAGUGGUUUGAAUUUUUUUUUUUUUUUUU